AUGGCCAUGAAAUUUCAUAUUGAUUUGAACCAGCUUCCAGAGAUUGAAGAUUCUGUUGAAAUGGAAAGUGAGACUAUUGAACAUUCACUUGAUGUUACCGCAACGGUUGAGGAUUCACUUAAUUCUACCGAGAUUGUCGAGGAAUCAGAUAUUGAGAGUGAGGAAGAAGGUGAUGAACCUGCAAAGAAGUCAAAGUCUCUUGCUUUGAAAUAUGUUGAUAAAUAUGUUAAAUCUACCAAAGUCAGUGAAUCUGAAGAAGUUGCUUCUGCAGCAGGUUAUGAAGAUGAAACAGAUGAUGAGGAGAUGGCAUUUCUUAUCAAAAUAUUUUAG